CUUGAAUUGAACCGCUCGAAAGAAUCGACUCUCGGAAAUGGGUCGGACUUCCCAUCUGUAUCGCCGUAUGUGUGUCUGUGAGUGUGUUUGCGUGCGCGCGUGUGUGUGUGUCCGCGCUGGCCGUGACUUUGGAUUAUCGUGUUAUGGGUGACUGCACCAUCUGCGGGUCCUGCUCUGAACAAGAGCUUUUUUCCAGACUAAAACACGCUUUCUGAAAUCCGCACACAAGUUCUGGAAAUGGCUGUGAAGCGCGGAGCGACGCGAAAUCCAUCGACGGCUGAACAGCUUCCCUGGGUUUCGCAGACGUCCCCCUCGCUCCACUGAAGAUGGACACACUGGAGUCAGAGUUGACUUGCCCAAUCUGUCUGGAGCUGUUCGAGGAUCCGCUUCUGCUGCCCUGCGCCCACAGCCUGUGCUUCCACUGCGCCCACCGCAUCCUGACAUCCCACUGCGCUGCCUUCGACGAGUCCAGCAAACCGCCCUCCGCCUUCCAGUGUCCCACCUGCCGCUAUGUCAUCACGCUGGACCAGCAGGGUCUAGACGGCCUCAAACGCAACGUCACCCUACAAAACAUCAUCGAGCGCUUCCAGAAGGCCUCUCUGAGCGGGCCGAACUCUCCGACUGAGACACGUAAACAGAUUUCUCCGUCCGCCAUGAGUUCUGCAUGCGAGGCCGUUCAGUGUCAGUUCUGCGAGCAGGAUCCGCCGCAGGAGGCCGUCAAGACUUGCGUCACUUGCGAGGUGUCGUAUUGUCAGGAGUGUCUUCGGGCGACGCACCCUAAUAAGAAGCCGUUUACGGGACACAGGCUGACAGAGCCCGUCCCGGACGCAAGACUCAGAGGACUCGCCUGUCCCGAACAUGGAGAGGAGAAGGUCAACAUGUACUGCAUCACAGACGAACAGCUCAUUUGUUCGCUGUGUAAACUCGUAGGACAUCAUCGCGAACACCAGGUGGCGUCGCUGGGCGAGCGAUACGACAAGCUGAAGCAAAUGUUGGAUUCCAACCUCAGCAAUUUGAUCAAGAGGAACAGUGAGCUGGAAAACCUGAUGGCAAAGUUGAUCCAGACCUGUCAGCAUGUUGAGCACAAUGCGGCUCAUCAGGAGAGUAAGCUGACGGAGGAGUGCGACACACUGAUCAACAUCGUCCAGCAGAGGCGACAGAUCAUCGGCACCAAGAUCAAAGAGGGAAAGGUGGUUCGCUUGAGAAAGCUGGCUCAGCAGAUCGCCAACUGUAAGCAGUUUGUGGAGAGAUCGUCCUCGCUCAUCAUUCAAGCCGAUCAGGCCCUGAAGGAGACGGAUCACGCUCGAUUCCUGCAGAUGGCUAAGAGCAUCUCCGAGAGAGUCUCCAUGGCGACUGCGUCCUCGCAGGUUUUGAUCCCUGAGAUAAACCUGAACGACACAUUUGACGCAUUUGCAUUGGACUUCUCCAGAGAGAAGAAGAUGCUGGAAGGUCUGGAUUACCUGACAGCUCCGAAUGCUCCCACCAUCCGCGAGGAGCUGUGCACCGCGUCUCAUGACACCAUCACGGUGCACUGGACGUCAGAGGACGAGUUCAGUGUGGUUUCAUACGAGCUCCAGUACACCAUCUCCACCGGACAGGCCAAUGUAGUCAGUCUGUGUAACUCGAUGGACAGCUGGAUGAUCGUGCCCAACAUUAAGCAGAAUCACUACACCGUUCACGGCCUGCAGAGCGGCACCAAAUACAUCUUCAUCGUGAAGGCCAUGAAUCAGGCUGGGAGCCGCAGCAGUCCACCGGGACAGCUCAAGACCAACAGUCAGCCAUUUAAACUGGACCCAAAGUCGGCCCACAGAAAGCUGAAGGUGUCACAUGACAAUCUGACGGUGGAGCGGGACGAAGCGUCGUCCAUGAAGAGCCAUGCACAGGACCGAUUCGGAGGCACCGGAAACUACGGUGUGACUGGAAACGUGUACAUCGACAGCGGACGCCACUACUGGGAGGUGCUGAUUGGAGGAAGCACAUGGUUUGCCAUCGGCAUCGCCUACAAAUCAGCCCCCAAACACGGCUGGGUGGGAAAGGACUCGACCUCCUGGGUGUUGAGCCGCUGUAACACCUCGUGGGCUGUUCGGCACAACAGUAAAGAGUUUCCCAUCGAGCCGUCUCCACACAUGCGGCGUCUGGGCGUCCUGCUGGACUACGACUCUGGAUCUCUGGCGUUUUACGACGCAGCGGGAACGCAACACCUCUACACCUUCGACAUCGCCUUCUCACAGCCCAUCUGCCCUGUUUUUAGCGUGUGGAAUAAAUGUUUGACGGUCCUGACAGGGCUGCCCAUUCCUGACCAUUUAGAGAUCAGUGACCCGCAUGAUUAAACACCACAAACAAGCCCAUACUGCACCUGCUAUUAGCAUGCGCUUCAGAUUUAAGGCCUGUUCACACCAAGCACAACAAUGAUAGAUGUAAUGAUAAAUAGAUUUGCGUCCAUUUGC